CAGCUGCCCGUGGCGCCGCCGCGGCGAGCAACGGCGAUGAUCACAGCCAUGUACAAAGCGCUUCCGCGCCGCGGAUACCCCAUCCUCGUCCUCCGCCUCCGGGGGCUUCGUGGGCUCAGCUCGCACGCGGGCGGCGGCGAGCGGUGGAGGGGUCAGCCCCAGCAGCAGCAGCAGCAGCAGGAAAGCAAGGAGGUCAAGGUGUCGGUGUGGUGGGACUUCCAAAAGUGCCAGCUUCCGCCCGACGCCAACCCCUGCCGCGUGGCCCCGCGCGUCACGGCCGCGCUGCGCGCCGCCGGCAUCCGGGGCCCCGUCGAGAUCACCGCCUUCGGCGAUGUUUUCGUGCUCCCCCGCCCCGUCCAGGAGGUCCUCGCGGCCACCGGCGUCGCGUUCUCGCACGUCCCCGCCAGUGGAAAGGAUGGUUCUGACAGAUCAUUCAUUGCUGAUCUUGUCUAUUGGAUUGCUCAGAACCCUCCACCAGCCCAUUUCUUCCUUAUAUCUGGGGAUAAACACUUUGCGAAUAUUCUGCAUCGCCUUCGGAUGAGCAAUUACAACAUACUGCUAGCCUGUCCUAACAAUGAGCCCAGCAUUCUGUGCAGUGCAGCAACAAUUAUGUGGCCGUGGGAAGCUUUGAUUAAAGGGGAGGGGUUUACUCGAAAACAUUUUAACCAGCCACCUGAUGGUUUGUCCUGUUCUUGGUAUGGUAAUUACAGGGGAGCUCUUGAUGACCCCUUCCAGAAAGCAGAACCAAAGCACUCCGUAAAUGUAUCAUUGCAAACCAAGAAGCCAGAGAAGCCACCUAUAACCUCCAAAUCUGUGGUCAACGGGCCUGAUUAUGCCAGGUUUAUAGAUCCUCUACCAGGUGAUAGUCAACCUGCUCUAGUUGGUGAAAAAAGCUUUACGAGAAUGAGUUAUCAGCAAAGUAUUGGGGACAGAAAAUGCCUCACUGAGACUAAGAAUGAGAAGCCACGAUCAUCCAAUGUCCCAUCUUCUCCAUCAGAUAUAUUAUCUUUAGAGCAACAGAAAAUUCCGGUCGGUGAUGAUCCCUUCCUGCAAGGAGAAUUCAACCACUCCAUGAAUGUACCAUUGCAGACCAAGAAACCAGAGGAGACACCUAGAAUCCCCAAAUCUGUGAUCACCUGUAUCAGGAGAGCACUAAACUCUUAUCCUGAAGGGGUCAAUCUCGAAGAUCUUCUAUCAGAACUUAAAGAGAACAAGUUGUUUAUGUAUAAUGGAUUAUAUGGCUUCAAAAACUUCAGUGCUCUUCUCCAAGCUAUGCCUGAUUAUGUCAAAUUUAUAGAUCCUUUACCAGGUGAUAGUCAACCUGUCGUAGUUGGUGAAAAAAGCUUUAAUAGAUUUCCUUCUGCUCAAAGUAAUGGUGAGGUAAAAUGCCUCAUUGAGACGAAGAAUGAGAAGCCACCAUCAUCUAACAUACCAUCUUCUCCAUCAGAUAUAUUGUCCCCAGAACAAAGGAAAAUUCCGAUAGUUGAUGCUCCAUCUUCCCAGAGUGGUUUGUUGUCUAGAGACCAAAGGAAAGCUCCACCCGUAGAUUUUAUUAAGCCAUCUGAACCACCUGCGGGUCAUAUGGAAGCUGAUAUGGUGAUCACUGCUGCAACUCCCUCCUCGGAGGCUCAAGGUACUACUAGUAAAAAAGGGCUACUUGAAAGGAUUCAGAUACUAUGGACUGGUCCCAAGACCAUUAAGCCCCAGGUCCAUCCAUCUCAUGAUGCUACUUUUUCUGAAGGGUCCAGUGAUGUAACAAGCCAGGAAGGGCAACAUAACAGACAUUUGAGAAAGGCCAUGAAGAAUUGUUCCACAGCUGACAAUGCUGAUGUGAAUGGUCCUGAUAACAGUUCAGCAGGCAGCACUAGUUUGUCAGAUGACCCGUCUAAUAACUGUUCUGAAACAGAUGUCAAGAGGAAUUUUGCAAAUACAAAGAAUCACUCUGGCGAAACAGUCGAAAUCAGCAAAGCUGAAAAGAUACGAGGUUCUGGAGAAAGCAACAAAGGAAUAUUUAGCUGGGCAGCAAGGUGGUGGUCAUCUGGAAAAUCAGAUACACAAGAUAAUCAAAAUCAUGAUGGAACAAGGAAAGAUUUGGACAAGGGAUGUUCAUUUGUUAACAGUGCAAGUGGACAGCAAGUAGGAGUUGAAAUGUUUGAAAAAUCUUACUUCUGGGAUGCACUACAGCAAUAUCUUUUAACCCAUCAUGGAUCAAAACUUGUUUCAGAAGCAAAGGCAAGGGAGGAGUUGGCACAUGGACUGCAGAAGGGCUGUUCGCUUCUCAAAGGCCUUGACGAGAAACAUAUCCAUCAGUUAGUACAUCUGUUGAUCUCUGAGAAGAAAUGGAUCAAGGAGUGUAGGUCGGAAACUUUUCAUUUCCAACUUACGCUGCCUCAGAGAGGAACAUGUGCUCCAUUACAUUCCUGUAAACCAGAAGGGUCAACUUCUCCUCUUACAAAUGGAAACGGCCAGGCCAGCUGCAAGGGCAAUGAAUACCGUGGUAAUGUCGAUGACUUUGCCUGGGAAGAGCUUGGUCCUGUAUCCAGUGCUGGUGAUCCUCAUCCAGAAACUGGUAAAGUGGUGCGCUAUCACCCUCCCACCUCGUCAGAUGAUGAGUUUUCUGAUGGUGAAAUUCAUGCGGUAGAUGAACAAGCAGGAAAAGAUUCGGAUGCUGAAUUUUCCGAGAAUGAAAAUCAUACAGCAAGCCAACAAGCAAGAAGAGACCCAUCGCGGAGCUCGCUCGUCGAAAUUAUUGCCUUGUGGGAAACAGGCAAGGAUGAUGGUUCACCGCCGAGAAAUUUCAAGGCCGAAUGCUCUCGAACGAAUAAACAUUAUCGUCAGUGUUAUCGUCCUUCGACCAAGCAGCAGCGGCAGCAACAACACUCGUGAUAUCAAGUCAGCACUGGUGCUAUAGAUAGUAUAAAAUAAAAUGCUCUCACAAUUGAGCAUUAUUAUUUUGUGUUCUCAUUUAUUUUUCAUUGUCAUUAUUAACAUCAACACGUUUAUGAUAUGCACUAGAUGAUGGCUAAUCGUAUAAAAGCAUAGGAUAUUUUCAUGGCAAA